GGCUAGCGGAGGUAAUGGCGACGGGGACUCCGGACUCGCAAGCGAGAUUCGGCCAGUCCGUGAAAGGGCUUCUCACCGAGAAGGUGAACACCUGUGGUACGGACGUGAUCGCGCUCACCAAGCAGGUGCUGAAGGGCUCCCGGAGCUCUGAGCUGCUAGGUCAGGCAGCUCGAAACAUGGUACUACAGGAGGAUGCUAUCUUGCACUCAGAAGAUAGUUUAAGGAAAAUGGCAAUAAUAACCACACAUCUGCAGUACCAGCAAGAAGCUAUUCAGAAGAACGUUGAGCAGUCGUCAGAUCUCCAGGACCAGCUGAAGCACCUGCUGAAAUAGGCAAGCAUGUAGCUUUGCCUGAUGCCAAGGAGGAAAAACCUUACUGUAACCGUCAUGCCAUGGGCUGAGUCUCCACUUUCUUCUCCAAACGUUUUGCUAGCAAAGCUUUGUGAUGCUGACAGGUUUUUCAUGAACAGAGGCUAAGGUGGCUGAAUUUGGGAAGCACUUCUUGAACUGGACCACCCCCACUUUAAGUUGCUCUGUUUAAUUUAUGGUACUAAAGGACAAUUAAAAGACAGCUUCGUUUUACUUCUUGAACUGUUAAUAUGUUGAAACUUAUUGUCUAAAUGUGAUUCUUAGCAAACACUGAAUCGUGUUUAUAAACAAGAAAUAGAAUUUUUAAUGUGAACAAGUAAGGGUUCUAAUACAAGUAUUUGUUUCAAAGAUUAUUUCUUUUCAUCGUGCAUUGAAGAGAUAUUUUUCUUUUAUGGCCACAGAACGGUGCUUUUCAAGUAAUUCAGAGAAGAUACUUAUUUUAUCUGUUUCAGCAAAUUUUGACAUAGUUUGCUUAGAUGAGAACCAGGUUCAUGGUCUCCGAGCUGGCCAGCUGCAGCCUCCUGCCUUGACCUGCAUUCCGAGGAUUUCUUUGUUGUUGUGACUCUUAAGAUUAAGUGGCCUUGGGUUCAGUUUGCAGUUUUCUUUAUCAUCAACACAUUGAUUUGUGUGACAUUAUUGCCCAACAUGAAGGUAGUUGAGUUCACUAUGUGGCAUCAGAUUGUGUCCUAAGGUUGUGACGAUGUUAUCUGCGUAGACACUUGCCUGUUUACUAGAUACGGCUCGUUAAAUAAAUGCCUUCCCCACUC